ACCCAGAUGCCGUCAAAUUACAACUGUACCAGAUAAACUUUAUAUUUCAUAUGAGUCAAAAACAUGCGACCGUGGUCACUUCUCUCCCCACUCUACAGUCACUGCCGUCGCAGCUCCUCCUACGUAUUUGCCGCCAUCUCCACCCGGACCACCACUAUCACCACCCAUUUCCACCGCACCAUGGCCACAACAGCCUCCGAGCCUACAAGCCCAUCCAACACCCGUCUAGGUUGGAUUGGAACUGGAGUCAUGGGCAUCUCCAUGUGCUCCCACCUAAUCAACGCCGGCUACAAUCUCACCAUCUUCACCCGAACCCCCUCCAAGGCCCAACCCCUCCUCUCUCUGGGUGCCCACUGGGCCGACUCCCCCAAAACUGUCGCCUCCCAAUCCGACGUCGUCUUGUCCAUCGUCGGUUACCCAUCCGACGUCCGCCACGUUAUCCUCCACCCAUCCACAGGCGCUCUCUCCGGUUUACGCCCCGGAGGCAUCAUCGUUGACAUGACCACCUCGGAUCCCUCACUCGCCAUUGAAAUACACUCGGCAGCCACCUCUGCCGGCUGUUCCGCCGUUGACGCCCCAGUAUCCGGCGGCGAUCGUGGCGCCCGCAACGCCACGCUCUCUAUCUUCACAGGCGGGGACGGACCUAUCAUCGAAAAACUAAAACCCAUUUUCGCCCUCCUCGGAAGAGUUUAUUACAUGGGUGCUCCAGGAAAGGGGCAAUUCACGAAACUAGCAAACCAGAUAACCAUAGCUUCAACAAUGGUGGGGCUUUGUGAAGGUUUAGUAUAUGCCCACAAGGCUGGUUUGGACCUAGAGUUGUACUUGAGUGCGAUAUCUACAGGCGCGGCUGGAUCCAAGUCGUUGGAUUUGUAUGGGAGUAGGAUUUUGAAAAGGGAUUUCGAGGCCGGAUUUUUUGUGAAUCAUUUCGUGAAGGAUUUGGGGAUAUGCUUGAGGGAAUGUCAGAAUAUGAAUUUGGCAUUGCCGGGUUUGGCACUGGCUCAGCAGCUUUAUCUUUCGCUUAAGGCUUAUGGUGAGGGGGAUUUGGGCACCCAGGCGCUUGUUUUGGCGCUUGAAAGGCUCAACAACGUUUCACUCGAUUCUGCUGGUGGUGCUGCUGGUUCAGGGAAUAAAACAUGAAGAUUGAGGCAAUGAAGGAACUUGGAUUGGGUUGGAUCAGUGGGAUACUUCUUGUGUAUGGCUCUGAUUAUGUGUUCUCCUAAUUUAAAAGUGAACAGGGUUCUUGUUGUUCAGGUAGAAGUUCACAGCUUGGAAUUAGGUUAAAAGCAGGGGAAGUUCAAUGCAUGUAAGGCAACAUUUGCAGAACCCUGAGGAAUAGUGGAAGCAAAAGAAAAUUAGGCAUCCUUGUGCAUGUAAACCAUGGAUUUCUUGUUCAGGCAGUUUGUCAUGGGAGUGUUGUUUCAAUUAUUAGCAUAACUGCGGUGAAUCAUUAGUAAGAGGUUCGCAAACUUAGAAGAUUGAUUGUAGACUAUCCUACACUGAUGCUACUGACCAUGACACGAUGAAUUUCUGGUCCUACUGAAUGACUGAGCUGUGGUAAACAUGUUGCAGAAGUAACUACUUGUUCAUUAAUUUUUUGAUACCAAAAAUAAAAAGGGUUUAUGCAGCUGCAAAGCGCAUGAGUGCAAUAAGGUGUAGGAACUUUAGUGCUUGGUAUUACUUUGUGGGGUUCUACUAAAUAGUUUGUUGGGUGCCAUAAGUUGCCUCAUGUCUUCAAAUCAUGAAGCCACGACCUCUUCUAAUGUGUUAGCAGUUAAUUUGUAUGAGAUGUUAUCUCACUCGUAAAUGAUUUAUCUGUCUGGUAAAGAGAGAUAAAAUGUUAUAGACAUUAUUGUCAGGUAAGAAUGCAAUGGCCUAUGAUCUUUAUGUAAAAGCGGGAUGAAUUAGAUCGUUUUUAGACGUUUUUUGAUUGAGAAAAUAUUGAAUUUGAUGCUUUUGAAUUGUUUAACAA